AUGUUCAGAUCACAAGAAAUGAGUUAUUUUUAAUUAGUGAUGCCCUAAGACAGUGCGUGGACUAUCAUGGAUUAAUUAGGUUAUUUAAGUAAAGUGGAAAUUAUUGAUCAUAAUCGUAAUGAAGCCUUAAUCAAUAGACCAUUUGCAAAUUACGUUAAAAGAUGUGAUGACUUGAUGGUAAAAAUUGAAAAUAUGCUUUAAGUGGCAAAGAAUUUAAAUUUGCUCUCUAAUUAUAAAAAAGGAAAUUUGAAAUAGUUUACAAAUCAACAAAAUUCACAUACUCACACUUAUCUUGAUAAGAUUGAAGAAGACAUAAAUAAAAGAACUUCAUCUUUUCAGGAGUAAAAUAAGCAUCUUGAAUAACUUAUUGAUUAAUCAGAAUACAUACAAAAUUAUAUUGAAAUUUUAAUAGAAAGUCAAAGGUAUUUAGGGGAGAAUGCAUUUCAAAAUCAACAGACCUCAAAAUUUGAAUACUAUGUUGGGAUACUUAAAAAUUAAGAAUAAUUAUAAUUCCAUCGAGUGAUAUUUAGAGUGACCAAAGGAAACUCCUAUGUUCAUUUGAAGAGGAUGAAUGAGAAGUAAUCAAUUUUCAUCGUUUUAUUUCCAAAUAUAGGAAACUAUGGAAAAUAAAAGAUCCAAAAAAUUGUAGAAUAAGUAUCCUUAGGAAAGUUUGCUUUGCCUUAGAAUCUGUUGGAAUUUGAAAAAAAAUUAUAUGAAUUGAAGAAUAAAGAAGCUGAAUAUAUUAAUCUUAUAAAAAUGACUCAGAAUUAACUAUGCUAAUGCAUAUCAAAUAUGUUAGUAAUAAGAAAUGGAUUACCUUUGAUAGAAUAUUAUAAGUUUUAUUUAAUCAAAGAAAAGGAACUUUACAAAGAGCUGAAUAAGUUAAAAAUGCAAGGCAGGUUGUUCCUAGGAGAACUAUGGGUUCCAACAAAAGAUAUUUAACAAUUAGAACAAACUAUAUAAGUGAUUAAGGAAUAGCAAUCAAAUAAUCCUGGGGGUUAGUUAGCCUAAAAGAGUCCUCCUGAUUUUCUGUAGAAACCCACUUAUUUCAAAUUAAAUGAGUUCACUUAGGUAUUUUAAGAGAUAGUCAACACAUAUGGGAUUCCAAGAUAUCAAGAGAUAAAUCCUGCAAUAAUAACAAUAAUUACGUUUCCAUUUUUAUUUGGAGUAAUGUUCGGAGAUAUAGGUCAUGGAUUUGUAUUAUUUGUGUUUGGAUCUUAUCUGUGUUUGUUUAAGAAUAAAUCCUUCUACAAUCUAAGAUAUCUAAUCCUAUUGAUGGGUGUAUUUAGCUUUUAUUCAGGACUAAUUUAUAAUGAUUAUUUGAGUUUAUCCUUAAACCUAUUUCAAACUUGUUUAGGAUCAGAGGAUUAAUGUGUCUACCCAUUUGGAAUUGAUCCAAUGUGGGGAGACCAUUUAGAAUUCAACGAUUCAUUUAAAAUGAAGUUAAGCAUCAUAAUUGCAUUUUGUCAUAUGUUAUUGGGAGUUUCUUUGAGUGGUUUAAAUUAUCUAUUUUUGGAGGAUUGGCUACGAUUAACUUGUAAAUUCAUUCCAUAAUUAUUAUUUUUGAUAUGCACAAUUGGGUAUAUGGUAUUUUUGAUAAUAUACAAAUGGUUGACACCUUUUGAACCAUAAAAUGCCCCAAGCAUAAUCACUACAAUGAUAUCAAUGAUUUUGAAUUUAGGGAGAAUAUCAGGUCCUUAAAUGUGGGAAGGAGACUCUUAGAACUAUGUUUAAUAUUGUCUUUUAAUAAUUUGUAUCAUCACAAUACCUUGGAUGUGGUUACCAUCAAUUAUCAGUCACUUGGUAAGAAGGAAAAGUCAUUAAUAAAGUAAAGAUAAACUUAAGACUCACAGAGUAGAUUAUGGAUAAUUAAUAGAAGAAUCAGGAGUUGAAAUGAUCUAAACUAGUUCUUAUAGUCAUGAGUAAACUGAUGUAAAAUAGAAUAAAGAAUUGCAAGACUCAAAAGUGCAGAUUUAAUAAAAGGAGCAUAAUUCACAUUUAGGUAUUGAAGAUAUGAUUGUCCAUGAAACCAUUGAAACAUUGGAAUAUGUCCUUGGGGUAAUAUCAAACACUGCAAGUUACUUAAGAUUAUGGGCAUUAAGUUUGGCUCAUUCUUAACUCUCACAAGUUUUCUUUGAAUUGUUGCUCGUACAACCAAUUAAUCAUGGAUAACCAAUUAGUUUAAUGAUAGGGUAUCCAUUUUGGGCUUUGAUAACUUUUGGUGUUCUGAUGUGCAUGGACAGUAUGGAGUGUUUUUUGCAUUCCUUAAGAUUGCAUUGGGUCGAAUUUUAGAAUAAGUUUUUUAAAGGCGACGGUGUCUAGUUUAAGGCCUAUUCGUUUAGAGAUAGAAUCAAGGACAGUAUCAAUUUAGAAUCGUAGUGA